UUAAAGAGCAAAGUGAGGAGAGAGAGAGAGAGAGAGAGACUGCAGCAGCCGAAGGAAAAGAUGGGGGGAGGAAUGGAGGUGCACAAGAACAGGUACAUAGAGGACUGGAACUCGGCGAGGGAGAAUCUGGAGCUCAACUUCCGUUGGACCCGGCGCAACUUAGCACUCAUCGGCAUCUUCGGCGUCGCUAUCCCCAUCCUCGUCUACAAGGGCAUCGUCAAAGAAUUCCAUAUGCAAGAUGAGGACUAUCGGAGGCCAUAUAGGAAAUUUAUGUGAAUUUUAUGAAUUUGUUCUGUAAUAAUGAUGGCUCAAGUGACCGAGAUCUGUCAAAAUUAUGUGCCUUCUUCGAUUUUGGUAACCCUUAUUUCUUGUUUUCACCUGUGGAUUUUGGCUUUGCCAUUGUUUUGCUAUACUUUGAUGACAGUUUCGUUGUUCUAGCAAGUUGAAUGCUUUAUAAUUGUGACUUCCACCCGGUCUCUUUUCA